UUGAUUCACACUUGUAUACAACUGGUCGGACAACUCAUCCAAAAUGGCGGACGUUUCACAAAAUUGGCUCAGUUGCCUUUCUCUGGACAAUCUUCCGACCAUUCCUUUAGCAAGUGUCCUGUCAUAUCUUAAUGCAAGAGAUCUAGCAAGAUGUUCCCGUGUUUGUCGACGCUUUGACGAAAUUUGCUCCAGUUUACCCUCUUGGAAAGCUUGGUGCGAAAAUGGAUGGUUUGUGACGACAUGUCCAGAGGAGAAAACAUGGAAACAAGUCUACAUCGAGCAGUUUAUGAUUUGGGGAAAAUACGAGCAUUGUUAUACAGCGAUACGUCGAGCGUGGAACCAAAUAGAAGAUUUCACGAGAACAUUUUGCCCUGAGAUUUAUAGCUCGCUCAACCCUGGACUCACGGAAACAGAAAUCUCAAGGAUAGAGGAACGACAUUUGAAAGGGUUAUCGCUCCCUCUUGAUGUUAAAUGCUCAUAUCGUAUACAUAAUGGUCAACGUCUUGUGAGCCCAGGACUUAUUGGCUCCAUGUCUAUAUCAAGCCAUUACCAGAGUGAAUCAUUACUAGACCUUAAUGUAGCAUCAAGUGGCCUACAACACAGGGAUGGCUUGCGAAACUGUUUGCUGAUAUCCCUCUGUAUAUAUACGGGAAAUGGACAAUUUAUAGCCCUGACUGACGAGGAAGGCCAUAUCACAGGGGAAAUAUUCUGGCCUAGUCCAGACAGGAGUAUAAUAAUGGUGGGAUCAGAAGUUAUUCCUGUCCGAAUGCACAAGUUUCACAGUGCUCUGUGCUUUACGGACUGGCUAACAGAGUUUGCUGAUAAACUUGCAAAUAAUUGUUAUUCAGUAAUAAAUCAAGAGAUCUUCAAAUUCGAGUUUUCUUCAGAGGCGACAACAGAGGGAAUUACUGUGAGGACGACUACAUCAUUCCUCCCUGAACUUAGCAGUGUUUACCCCCCUUUGUUCUUUUUCACUUACAGGAUAUCUAUAUCUAUGGAUGAGAACUGGCCCAUUUCCAAAAAAUGUCAGUUGACAACACGACACUGGUUCAUCACUCAGGGUGAUGGCGUGAAGACAGAGGUACACGGAGAGGGUGUGGUCGGCCUAUACCCGGUGAUGACCCCGGGAGCUGUCACAGAGUAUGUGAGCUGUACUACUUUCCAGACACCCACAGGUUCCAUGGAAGGUUACUACGUGUUCAAAUACUUGGACAAUAAGUCAGAAGAGUUUCAUGUGCGAGUGCCGUGUAUGAACUUCAAGAGUUUGCCAUUUGUGCAGGCAGAGGAUAGGAUACACAGGCUUGGGCGUAUUAAGUUGAGGGAAGCACUGGAUAAGGGCGAGGGAGGCAGCAGUAUGGUAAGCUGAUAUAUAUUUCAGAAGAUAUGUAUGCUAAGGUUUUUUAGAUCCUAUAUCAUAGCAUGUCCAAAUGCAAAUGCAUGCCAAAUUUUCCUAGCAUUGUAUUUUGAAGAGGAUGCAAAAAGCCUGAAAUGCCAUCGUGAACACAAUAUGAUGCUGUCAAAAACAGACCACAUAACAUGGUGGAACCAGUCACCUCCUUGCUGGUGUGAUUCACUUCUACCAAAAAAAAGAAGAGAAAUCGUACCAGGAAGUAUGUUUGCUUGUAAUAACAUUACACUAAGGCCAUAGCUUUAACCCUAUUCAGACCGGGCUUUUUGGGGCUUUGUCUUUCGGCCCCCCCAUCCGUAACUUUUCAACCAUUGGACCUAUAAUGACCAAAUUUUCAAAGAAUCAUUAACUGACAAAGAGGAUAAGGACAUUUGUUUAUAAAUAGCCUAUCUUUCGAAACCUUUGCAUAGAACAUCUAUAAAUUCCAAAUAAGUUAUCAUAAUCAGCUCGUAUUCAAAAAGCGACCGAUAUUCUAAAAAAAAUUGUCUUUGUGACGUCACUUAAGUGAGCAGAAACGGGCAAUAUUUCUGUUUUUUAGAUAUGUAUUUCUGUGUCUCUUUUCGAUAAUUUUAUUAUCUCUUGCAGUAGACAUAUUAUUAGUGACACUGUUUCUAUGACAACAAUAUAUUAAUAUAUGUAAAUUGUUGUUUAAAUGUUGUAUAACUUUGCAUAAACCGUUUAUAUGACAUGGAUUUACAUUUUAAUAGUUGGUCUUAAUGACUUAGCAUUUUGCCCAAUUUUCAUUAAACCUAUGUCUCAAAACUUGGUUGCUGUGGUUACCAGGGCACACAUUAAAGUUUUGUUUACACCAAACUUAUCCAAGAUAAAUUUUAGGAAAAGUCAUCAAAUGCAAUGCUCUAGCCCAACUAGUUCAAAAAUUAUUACAGAUCAAAGUUUCUGGGGGCCUCAAAAGCCCCCCCCCCCCCCCCCCUUCCCUCCAUGUCUGAAAAGGGUUAAGCCUGUGCAAGUUAAUAGAAUGCAUGCACAAUGAUUUGAAUACAAGUCCCUGGUGUUUAAUAGACAAAAUAGGCAGCACAAUGACUCCUAAAACAUGUUGUCAAGCCACCAUUUAGAAUUGUCUUGACAGAUAAAUUAUGAUAUAGAUUGUCACAGUGUUUUAUUCAGUGUGUUAUAUAUUAUAAGCUGAAACACCUUCUACAGCUAAAACCAAUUAAUUUCUAACUAAUAUCCUAAAUAAAAAACACCAUUAUAUGGUGGAACUGGCCACAGUAUCUAGCAGAGGUAGUUUGAAUUUAUCCUAAGGUUACAAUUAUACAACAUGUUUCCUUAAAACUAAUGGAACAUUUUAUUUAUAUUAUGAUCAUGAUUGUAUUUUCCAAUUAAUAUAAAUUCUAAUGCUGGCAGUACAAUGUCAAUCAUUUAA